GGUGGUAGCCCUGGCGGCUCAGACCGCGGACGACGUGGAGAGGUUCCUGCAGGCCAACGCGGUGGAUCCCGAGGCCGCCGUGCGGCUCCGGGGGCUGCCGCCGGAGCUGCAGCGCAGGGUGCUGGAGCGUGGCGGCCUCUCCGCGACGCGCAACCCGUCGGCGGUGCUCAUCGCCCGGAUGCGUGACGCCGAGAAGGGGGAGGUCGUAACGCAGGCGGGCGUCGGCGAGCCGGCGCCGCCCCCGGCGGAGAACGGCCACCCCGGGGUGGAGGCGCUGAUCGCGGCGCACGGCCUGGACGCGCGCGCGGCCCUGGCCCUGCGCGCGCUGCCGCCGGAGAAGCAGGACGUGGCCGCGCAGCUGGACCUGGCCGUGGCUCGGCACCCGUCGGCGUUCGUGAUGGCGGCGCUGGCGAAGGCGCCGUUUGCCGAGGGCAGCGCGGCGCUGCUGGCAGCCGCCUGUACAGUGCCUCUCACCGUGGUGUCCUAGAAGGUCGAUGGGCAAGCGUGAUCGGGCUUGCCGCGACGGGACGGGUGAACGCCGGGUGCGAGAAAAUAUCCAGCAUCGGCUUCGCAUGCUUGGAAUGUUGUCUACACGAGCUUCCGUUAGUUGUGAUGUCAUUCCACGCCAUGUGCUGUUUUGAAGCAACAUGCACUGACGAGCAAGCUGCACAGUUCUGUGAUAC